CCGGAACCUAAGUCCUCUUUCUUCAGGACGUCCACAUUCCUCAGAACUCCAGAGCUCAGAAAGAGAUGGCCAUUAACGAAAAGUCUCCCAGUCCAGCCCCAGCGAUAGUCGAGUCCGAGCCUGCGACGCGCUGUGGGUCGAACACGCCAGGCCUAGCAGCAACUAGCAGCAACAAUGGCGAGAAGCCUAUCGCACAUGCAAGCCUCGAGGAGAGGGCGGGUGCUCUAGCGGUCCCGCCUCCGUCAGGGACAACGAGCAGCAGGUAUAGAUGGCUCGUGCAUGUGCAGUUCUUUGCGUGCUGCUGGGCGAUGGUGGUGGCUGGAUGGAACGAUGGAAGUACGGGCCCGCUGCUGCCACGGAUACAGGAGGUGUAUGGGGUCAACUAUACCAUCGUAUCCUUGGUUUGGGUAUUUGCGUGCGUGGGAUUCCUCACUGGCGCUAUCGCCAACAUGUUUCUCGAGCCACGCUUCGGUUUUGGAAAGACCAUCUUCAUUGGCGCUUGCUUCCAGUUUGUGGGGUACGCCAUUGAAUCAGCAGCACUCCCUUUCCCCGCGUUUGUCCUCGGAUACGCCAUUAAUGGCGUCGGCAUGGCUCUACAGGAUGCACAAGCGAACGGCUACGUGUCCAACCUCCCAAAUUCGUCCACCAAGAUGUCGUUCCUACACGCUGCGUAUGGCUUAGGAGCCUUGGCAUCCCCAUUAGCUGCUACACAGUUCGCUCAGCUCCCCCACUGGUCAUUUCACUUUCUCAUUUCCUUCGGCGUCGCGCUUCUGGAUGCUAUCAUCCUCGCCGCUGUCUUCCGCUUCAAGACUCAUGAUGAAUGCCUGGCCGCCAUCGGUCAGGUCAGACACCUGGACGAGCCGUCAGAGAAAAAUGACGAUUCGGGCAGCGAGACCGAGAAGAGCCACUUCCGCAAGGUGAUGACGCUCAAGGAGACGCAUCUUAUGGCUGUGUUCAUCCUCGUCUACGUCGGCGUGGAGGUCACCGUAGGAGGCUGGACAGUGACGUACGUCAUCAACGAGCGCAACGGUGGCCCGUCAUCGGGAUACAUCUCCACGGGCUUUUUCGGAGGUCUAACGCUCGGUCGCAUGGGGCUCAUAUGGGCGAACAACAAGAUCGGCGAGCGCAAGGCACUCGUGAUUUACGCAGCCUUGGCCAUCGGGCUGGAGCUGGUCGUGUGGCUCGUGCACUCGCUCGUGGGCGAUGCCAUCGCAGUCUCCUUUGUCGGCUUCUUCCUCGGCCCCAUGUACCCCAUCGCGAUGAACGUCUGCGGGCGGAUCAUCCCACCCUCGCUCUUGACAGGCUCAAUCGGAUGGAUCGCGGGUCUCGGACAGGCAGGCUCCGCGCUGUUCCCGUUCAUCACGGGCGCCAUCUCGAACAAGGCGGGCAUCGAGAGUUUGCAGCCCAUUGUCGUCGCGAUGAUGGCGUUCACCAUCGGCCUGUGGAUCUGCGUCCCGCGGGACAAGGUGCGCACUGCGUCUCCGUCCUCGUCAUCACCAGAGGGAGCAGGCGCGAUUCCGCCGCCGCCGAGGCCCGUGGUGAAUGUAUGAGAGGAGGGAGAUGCAGCUGGGUACGUAUAUACGGUAGAUAGAUUCGAAUGCUUUGUCAAUAUGCUUUCCUAGUGCUAGAUCGUACAAUAAUGAGUUGGUGGAACAACCAUCCAGUAGUGUGAAACGAUCGAGCAUAGAGCGAACAACAUAUAGCAAACAGCUUGAAAGAAGAGUAUCACAUUGCCUACUUAUAUGCAUCUCAUCCUAAAUGAUACUGUCAUGUUAUCGACGCGUUUACAGGAUCGUAUACUGCCCGUACGUAUGCAGAGAUCCGCAAUGUAUGGUGUCUAUGAUAACCUCCCCUCCGGGUUCCCCAGCCGCCGCUCCGAGCAACCGAAGAGCACACGCACACAGUAAAUCACCGCUUCUUCGUACUGCUCCUCGUCGCCCGCCCCGGCGUCGGCGGCAUCCCCGACGCCGAGCUCGUCCGCGCGCUCUUCCUCUUCCUCUCCGACUGCGGCAUCGGCGGCUGCACCCCCAGCGAGUGCCGCUGCCUCACGGGGCUCGCGGGCUCGGGCGACAUGCCCAGGCUCUCGACGCUCGAUGCGGCCGAGAGCCGCGAGGAUCGUCGUGCGGGUUUCUUGCCUGUUCCCGUGGGCAUCGGGACGUCGUCGGUCCCUCCUCCGGCGCUGCUGCUGCCUAGAGAAGUCCGUGCGUUGGACGACGCGGAAGAGCGUCUGCGCGACACGCGACGCCCAUGCCCGGCGCCGGCGCCGGCACCCGGGAGCGGCGGAACUUCGUCCGCGUCUUCGCCUUCGCCUUCUCCAGCGCUCAGGUCAGUCAAGUCGGAGCCUGCACCUGCACCUACACCGCCCCACCCGCGUUCGUGCUCAUCGUCGUCCUGCUCGUCGACAUCAAACAGCGAGCCAGGUAUACUCUUCUUGAGAUCACCCCCGCGCAGCUCGCCGCGCGCGCCCCGGGUGGGACGACCGGGUGUCGACCCCGGUGGCGCAAGAGGCAGCGCAGCCGGAGUGUUGGCGCGGGAAGAGCGCUCGCGGCUCCGUCUCGCGCGUGCGGCGGCAGCCGGGGACUCUGGGUCGCUUGGGUCGAGGUCGAGGUCACCGUGGUCGUGGUCGUCGGCGUCGGGGAAGAACGCGCCGGGCGGAGCGCGUACGCGCGGUUUUUGCUUCUUCUCCUUCUCCUUCUCCUUGUCUUUUUCCCUUCCCCCGUCCCUUUCUUUCUCCGUCGUCUUUCCCCUCCUCUCCCCUGUAGACUUGCGCGUCUUCUUCGCGCGCCCUGGCGACGCCCGCUGUUGCUGCUGCUGAGCAACCAUCGGCGCACCCCCAAACACCGAGAAAGAGAGACUCUUAUCCGCCUCUCCUGCGCCCUUCUGAACCCCCCCUCGACUUUCCUCGUCGUCCAUCUCGCUAUCGCCCUCCCCAUCGCGGCCCUCGCCCAUCGCGACAUCAUCCUGCCCCCCAUCACGAGUCGGACUCACGCUCCCACUAAGCGGCACCGAAAACUCCGUG